GAUUUAGGAGCCAACCUUCGCCCUUGUCGCUGAUUUAGGAAUUGGAUGUAUGAACUGGAGUAGCUAUAGUGAGCAUUUCCGUCCCAGAAAGUAGAUUGUCAAUAAAAUGAACUUGCCGAAGAUUUAACAGCAGGAUGUUUUGUGGUUUACCGGAGUGAAAACAAACAAACAAACAAACAAACAAACGAACAAAAACUCGACGAAGUGCUUUCUUUUGGUGAAGAUGAAAAGGAUAACGGGAAAGACGAAAGAUGCCACUCUUCUAGAGAUGACCAACAAAGCGGACGCUCAUGUGGAAGACAAUAAUGGUCUCCUCUCCACCUCGGUCAAAGGGACACAACUGCCGGGCCAUCGGGAGAUUGAUAAGCUGCAGCAGAACAAUGACUCUGUGUAUUUCAGAGAUGGCAUACGACGCAUCGAUUUUGUCUUGUCCUACACCGACGACAAAGAUGGAGACAAGAAAGCGGAGAGGAGAAGAGAGUUUGAAGCCAAUCUUGAGAAGGCAGGUCUGGAGUUGGAGACUGAGGAUAAAUCGGAGUCAGAUGAUCAUAAAACAUACUAUCUGAAAAUUCACGCACCAUGGGAAGUCUUGGCCACCUACGCAGAGGUGCUGAAGAUCAAGGUGCCCUUUAAGAAGACAGACAUCCCGAAAGGACGGGAAAUCUCACUGGCUUGGCUCACGCAGCCCAUCCGCCUUCCCAAGAACAUCAUGAAGCCCGAGCCUGAUUACUUCACUGCACCCUUCAACAAGAACAAAUUCGAUUUCUUCCUGAUUGAGGACACAGCGACCUUCUUCCCACCCUCCACCCGCAACAGGAUCGUCUAUUAUAUCCUUACAAGAUGUCCAUACUACAAGAAGGAUCGAGUAGAUCGAGAAAAGACUGGAAUUAAGAGACUUCUGAGCAAUGGCACCUACACAUCUGCCUACCCACUCCAUGAUUGCCGCUAUUGGAAAAGAGCAAAGGAUCCACAGUGUGAGAGUGAGAGAUUUCACCUGUAUAAGUACUGGGCUCGCUUUCUCUGCUUCUACAAAGAACAACCUCUUAACCUCAUCAGGAAAUAUUAUGGUGAGAAGAUUGGCAUCUACUUUGCUUGGCUGGGCUUCUACACAGAGAUGCUGUUCUUUGCUGCUGUGAUGGGUGUCAUCUGUUUUGUGUAUGGUUUACUCAGCUAUGAUGAUAACGUAACAAGUAAAGAGAUCUGUGAUGCCGAAAUUGGUGGAACCAUUGUCAUGUGUCCUCUGUGUGAUAAGAAGUGCACCUAUUGGAAACUCAACUCUACUUGUUUGUCAUCGUGGCAAUCUCAUCUAUUUGAUAACGAAGGAACCGUAUUCUUCGCCAUCUUCAUGGGAAUUUGGGUAACUCUAUUUCUGGAAUUUUGGAAGCGGAGGCAGGCAAGGCUGGAGUAUGAGUGGGACUUGGUAGAUUUUGAAGAGGAGCAGCAGCAGCUUCAGAUCAGGCCUGAAUUUGAGUUGAAGUGCACCAACCGCCGUCCCAAUCGUGUCACACAGGUAAUGGAGCCAUAUUUGCCUUUAACCAGCAAGUGUGCUCGCUUCUGCUUGUCUGGAGCUAUUGUUCUGUUCUGGACAUUCAUGAUCGUGGCCUGCAUAAUGGGAGUGAUUGCAUACAGGUUAGCUGUUUAUGCUGCUUUCGCUAGCAUCAUGAAGGAUAGCCCAACCAGCAAGAUCCAACUUGUGGGAUCUUUGAUAACUCCACAGUUGGCCACCUCAGUUACAGCAUCCUGCAUCAAUUUUGUUAUCAUCCUCAUCCUCAACAUGCUCUAUGAGCACGUGGCUAUAUGGAUUACUGAUAUGGAAAUCCCCAAGACACAUUUGGAAUAUGAGAACAAGCUGACCAUGAAAAUGUUCAUGUUCCAAUUUGUCAAUUACUACUCCUCCUGCUUCUAUGUUGCCUUCUUUAAAGGCAAGUUUGUGGGUUACCCAGGCAACUACAGCUACAUGUUUGGGAAGUGGAGUAAACUGAGAAAUGAGGAGUGUGCUCCAGAGGGCUGUCUGAUAGAGCUCACCACUCAGCUGGUGAUCGUCAUGACCGGGAAACAGCUGGUUGGAAAUAUCCAGGAGGCCUUGUUACCGUUACUGAAGAACUGGUGGAUCAGCAGGAAAGGUCGAAACCAUUCAGAGAGCCAGUACAGCCGAUGGGAGCAGGACCAUGACUUACAAAGCUUUGGCCAGUUUGGUCUCUUCUACGAGUACCUAGAGAUGGUGAUCCAGUUUGGUUUCAUCACAUUAUUUGUGGCUUCAUUUCCACUUGCUCCGCUUCUCGCUCUCUUUAACAAUAUCCUGGAGGUGCGGGUAGAUGCAUGGAAGUUCACAACACAGUUCCGUAGGCCAGUGGCUGCCAAAGCACGUAACAUUGGAGCCUGGCAGGAGAUCCUAAAUGUGGUGGCUAUUUUAUCUGUCGUCACAAAUGCCUUCAUCGUGGCGUUCACCUCUGAUAUGAUCCCUCGUCUUGUCUACCUGUACGCAGACCACCCUGGUAAUGAGACCACUAUGAGAGGCUACAUUAACAACAGCCUUUCAGUGUAUGAAAUCUCCAAGCUCCAUCCAGACAACAAACCAGAUAAUGAGGAGAACCCCCCCUGGUUCAAUGAGUCCAUCAUCACAACAUGCAGAUAUCGAGACUUCCGCUAUCCACCAGGCCACCAGAGAGAAUACAUGAAAACCAUGCAGUUUUGGCAUAUUCUUGCAGCCAAGAUGGCAUUUAUUAUCAUCAUGGAGCAUGUGGUGUUCAUGGUGAAGUUCUUCGUGGCGUGGCUGAUCCCUGAUGUCCCGUCUGAAGUUAAGGACCGCAUAAAGCACGAGCGCUACAUGGUGCAGGAGUACCUGCACGACUACGACGUGAAGAAGAUCACACUGCAGCUCAGCCAGAGUCAGACCACAGACCUGUGUCACUCAACAGAGAGCAGCUCACUGCUCCCUACAGACAAGAUUGAAGUUCUGUCUGAAUGUAUCUAAGGAGCCCUGAGCCUACAGGAGCCUGAAAGGGUGCCAACCAGUUAUGAGUAUCUGGAGUAUGAUCAACACCAGACCAUGCUGUGCUGCAUGUAUAAUCAAAGAACUAGCCUGCCUAUAGCCUUAUCUCUCUUGGAACCCUGAAAAAAACCUCACUUUCCAUUAUAAAGAGGAAGAUGAGACCAAGCUGGGAUCUUGUGGCUCUUCUGCUGUCUGUAUUUUACUCUUAUUUGCAGUACACUCUGACUCUUACCUCUCUAGCAUGCAGUGCUCUGUCAGUAUUUGUAACUGCUGUGAUGGGCAUGAUGUUCGUGAUUUGGACAGAUCUCUGAACUGACGGUCAUUUUGCCUUGUAAACCAAUGGCAUGUAAAGGGAAAAUGUGAACAUUCAAAAAUUAUUAUAUGAUUUUUGAAGAAUUCCUUACACAAACAAGCUUUUAUUUGUUUUGUUUUUUUGUUUUGUUUUUUUGGUUGUUUUUUUUUUUCCUUCCCCAGAAGAAGCUGCCCGGAUGUGUUGCAAUGGUUUUACUGUUUUGUGUUAUUUAAUUAUUCUUGUCCCUCUAUUCAGAUGCAGAUUUCUGCUGGCUUAUUUUAAAACUACACUGCAAUUCUUUAAGACCUCAAUUUCAAAGUACUCCAGAGUAAACCCUGUUUGAGUAUGAUGUCCAUCCAAGCACUCAUACCGUAAUGGUCACAAAUGAAGUCUGUCAUGUUGUUCUCUGGACAACAUUUAUGCUCUCAUAUGCAAAGCUAAUCGUCUUCCUUUUUUUUCUUCUUCUUUUUUUUUUUUUUUUAAAUACACAUAAUGAUGGGACCUACAGUAUGUGUACUGGGUUAAAGUUGUGGAUGAAAUGGUACAAUAUGUAUAACAUUUACAUUAAACAGUUCAUUUAACUGUUAAACCUGUUAACACUGAGAAACGUUACAGGAUUACACUAAAUAUUUGAUGAACACAUUAACAGUUUUCUGACAGGAGCCUGACAUAUUUACUAAAAAGCUGUUUAGAAAACUGGAAUAAAUGUAUUGCACUACGAUGUUUUUGAGUGAGAUUGAUAUAGAUACUAAGAGAGUGAGAGAUCUACCCUAAAAGAAAAAUGUUACAUUCUUUACUUUUUUUUUUACUUCUCCAGAAUUCAAGAAUAUACAAGCUUCAUUCUUAAUUUCCACACACUCUAUUACAAGUAUUUCAACUAAAAACAACAACAACAAAAAAAAUACAUUAGAGUAAUAGCUAAGUGCUGUUAAAUUCCAGACAAAGAUUAAACAAAACCCUGAGAGAAAUAUUGUCUCGAGAGUACGUUCCUACAAGUCUAGUAUGAACAGAAGCAAUGAAGAACCACAUCUAGAGGUGUUUUGAACAUUAAAGGCAUUUCCAUUUCCUGUCUCUUUGCACGUCUAAUCAUGUGUACAUUUUGUUUACGUAUUUCAUUUGUGUUCUUAGCAGUUCAAGUGUCGGAUAAUACUGUGUGUGUAAAUCUGAGAGAAGACCUGUAUAACACUUAAGAUAUCUACAGGAAGGAAUGAGGUUUUAGCAAGUUCUUUCAUAUUCACUGAGCGAUAUACUCUUUAAUUUUAAUUAUUUUGUUAUCGCAAUGCUAUACACAAUUGUUGAUCACUUCCGCUAGUUAUUUAUUCACUUCAUCAUUUUGUGAAAAGUAUGUGUAAGAUGUCAAACUGCAUUUGCUUCUAACCUACAGUUGUGUAUGUUAGUAUCAUAUCUUUUCUGGUGUACUUUUAAAUAAUGUUUAACUCAUUCUUCCUUUUAAUCCUUUUGUUUUGUCUGAUGGGAAACUCUUAUGACUCAAAAUUUCUUUGAAAGAAAUACAUUGUUCCAUACUAAAUGUCUAUGUAGGGAAAUAUAAAGCUUUCAAUAGACAGCUUAAGUGUAUAUCUCAGGGAAGUUAACUUCCGAUGAUCAGAAACGGCUGUUGUAUCUCUAUCCGUUGCUUAAUUGAUUUAUUUUUGGAAUAAUGGUGCUAUUAGCCAUUAAAUAGAUUGUAUAUGAUCUUAUGCCAUAUGUUCCUACUAUUGAGUUGCAUGACUCUUAAAAUAAACCCAUACAAUUUUUUAUAUAA